CAAACCGAAAACAUCCCCUUCCCCCCGCCCCCCUCUCUCUCCAUAAGAACCAAAACCCACAAACAGAGCGCAACAAACUCCUCACCCACAAGCCAGAUCCAUCACAUCCCGUAAUUAAUCUCCUCUCUCUCUCUCUAAAAAAUGGCGUUGGAAUGGGUAGUACUCGGGUACGCGGCGGCCGCGGAGGCCGUGAUGGUCCUCCUCCUGACCCUCCCGGGCCUCCACACGCUCCGCAAGGGCCUGACGUCCGUGACCCUCAACCUCCUCAAGCCCUUCCUCUCCGUCGUCCCGUUCUGCCUCUUCCUCCUCGCGGACAUCUACUGGAAGUACGAGACCCGGCCCACCUGCGAGUCGCCCGGGUCCUGCACCCCGACCGAGUACCUCCGCCACCAGAAAUCCGUCAUGAAGUCGCAGCGGAACGCGCUCCUCAUCGCCGCCGCGCUCGUGUUCUACUGGCUGCUGUACGCCGUGACCCACUUGGUCGUGAGGGUAGAGCAGAUGAACCAGCGGGUCGAGAAGUUGAAGAGGGAGGACUGAGUAGCGCGGUUGGGGGAUCUUAGAAUGGCGAAAUUUUUUUUUUUCAAUGAUCAGAGUUGUCCGAACAAACUUACGCACAAUAAAAACUGUGUAGGUUUUUUGUGUUGUUUCUUGAUGUUAUGAAUUUAAUUUCGAUCAACGCAAUCUUAUUUCGGUUCUUUUAA